UCAAAAAAGCAUCGUGAGCCCUUUUACCAAAGCCAUUCCCUAAGAAGUUGUCAUCCAUGUAAGCAGUCACGGCUGCGGGUUUUCGAUUGGAUAAAAACCGCCAUAUGUGAAAGGUGCAGGUGUGUGUCUUUUUUGAUUCCGAACGUACAGCGAUAUGGAUUCCAAAGUGGAAGGACAGCGUCAGCAAGCUUUGGAAAAGGCGCGACGAAAGAUUUAUGAAGAAUCGGAAAGAGAACGAGCCAAGAUUGCCAAGCAAAAUGAAGUGAGAGUUGGAUCGGAUAAAUUUGCAGCAGCAAAAAGCGAUAUAGAAUCGCAACUGAGAAGCAGCACCAUUGGUCUGACCGAACUGAGGGAUUAUCGAAAAAUCCGAGAAAACCUGGAAGAGCAACAACAACGAGAGGCGGCCAAGACAGCACCACUAGGGGAAGAAAAGAAGAAGAAAAAGAAAAAGAAACAGGUCAUGAAAUUAUCAUUUGCCGGUGAGGAGGAAGACGAGGAAGGGGAGAACGACCAAGGAACACCACAAGCGGAUUCGGAAAAUGGAGAUGAAUCGCCUGCGAAAAAGAAGCGCAAAAUGCUAAAGGAUCCGACCAUUGACACGAGCUUCUUACCUGACCGUGAUCGAGAGGAGGAAGAACGCCAAGUACGUGAGGAGUUACGGAAAGAAUGGUUGAGAAAGCAAGAAGAGAUCAAAAACGAAAACAUCAGCAUUACUUAUUCGUAUUGGGAUGGAAGUGGCCAUCGUAAAGUCGUCCAGUGCAAGAAAGGCGAUACCAUUGCCCAGUUUCUGGAAGCUUGCCGUCAGCAGUUUCCUCAACUGCGAGGCGUCAAUGUCGACAAUCUGCUGUAUAUCAAAGAAGAUUUGAUCAUUCCCCACCAUUUCACAUUUUAUGAUUUCAUCAUCAACAAAACACGUGGUAAAUCGGGGCCACUGUUCAGCUUUGAUGUGCACGACGAUAUUCGUCUCGUGAAUGACGCUACUAUUGAAAAGGAUGAGUCUCAUGCCGGUAAAGUGGUGGAACGAGCAUGGUAUGAGCGUAACAAGCAUAUUUUCCCGGCCAGUCGAUGGGAAGUUUUGGAUAUCAAGAAAGAUUAUGGCAAAUAUAAAAUCAAGCAUUAACCACGUCUCACGUUGGAUUGUAAAUUACCAGACCGCAAUAAAUUAUCGUUACCACAUAACUUGUUUUUCACUUUAUCUUUGACGGUCAACACCUUGGCAUCAUGUUGGCUGUCCGUCAAGUCCAUCUGGAUAUUUUCAAUAACCCUGACGUUCAUGCAUAUUGGCUCUAGAUAAUUCGAGCAAGAUUGUGACGAUGAAUUUCGGAGGGUGACAGGAGGGAAUAAAAAAAAAAUUGCGCACUGACUGACAGAAGU